AUGUGCCUGGCCAGCUCAGAUUACCUGGUGACGACACCACAAUAUGACGACCUUGGCCGCCAGCUUGUCGACGGCGGCCGGGCUUGUGGGAACGGAACCGGCUGCGGCCACGUGCCGGACCAUACUUGGACGCAUUCGACGCCGUGCUUCAAGGGCACCAUUUCAGACAUCGAGAUAUGUACCUUCACAGAUGCAAACUUUGCUCAGGGUAGGGGUGCUUCCUUCGUCAUGACUGCCAAGAGAGCAAGCUAUCUUGCGACCCAUUCAGGCUUCGUCAACCCCGAGAUCAUCAAGGGCGUGAACGAGGAUCUCGAACCCGCCAGCCCGGCCAAGUACGAGAUGAGGGAGUUCCCGGGUAAGGGUAUGGGGCUAGUUGCCACAGAUCACAUCCGCCGUGGAGAUCUCAUCAUGGGCAACACCGUCUCCCUGAUGAUUGACUACAAGGUUUUUAACGAGCUGCCCAAGGAGCAGUAUAUACAGCUCGAGGCGGCCGCGUUCGACCACCUCCCUGGUCCGCAUCGAUCGGCCCUCCUGAAACUGUCGACCCACGAAGAGACGGACCUUCCGUACGCUGCUCGUGUCGACAAGAUCACGGCAACCAACGCCUUCGACAUCAAUCCGGACCACAAUGACGAAGAUCAAGAUUACGCCUUCUUUGUCGUUUUCCCGGGGAUAGCCCGUAUGAACCACGACUGCCGUGCCAAUGCGGAUUAUUAUUACGAUCACGAUACCAUGACUCAGUACAUCCACGCCAUGCGGCCCAUCAGCCCCGGCGAGGAGAUUACAAUAUCAUACAUCAACCCGAAGAUGCGGCGCGCCGACCGCAUGGAACGGCUAAAGCGUCUCUGGGGUUUCGACUGUGCUUGCCAUCUGUGCGCUCAGGGGCGCGCGCAGGCGGAAGCCUCUGACGAGCGCAUCGACCAGAUCAAAGAGCUGUACCCGGACCUCCGCAGCUUCCAGUCUAGCAGCCGCGCUAGCCCGCAGAUGGCCGAGCUGCUCAUCAGUCUCGCAGAGCAAGAAACGCUGGGCGGCACAAUGUACGAGGCAUACACGUUUGCGGCACUCGAGUACAACGGCAUUGGUGAUGCUUGGACUGCAACCAAAUAUGCCCGUCUCGCCAUCGAAUGGGGUCUGACGACGGUCGGAGAAAAGGAUGGCGACGUGAACGACAUGAAGGAACUCGUCGUCGACCCCUGGAAGCACUGGAGCUGGAUGCUUCGUACGCGAAAGAAGAACGGAUGGGGCAAAGAACCCGCCGACGACGAAUAG